UGCACUGCGACAGGCUGGCCUUCCCGGUGAAGCUGUCGCUGCGGAAGGCUUCAGGUGUGGGCGAGGACUCCACCAUCCUGGCGCUCAUGGAGCCGCUGCCGCCUGCCAAGAACCGGGCAAGCCUGUGGGUGGCGCCCAACGGCAGCAUCGUCGCAUGUGACCCACAGUUCGUAGCCAAGUUCGGUUGGAAGGCCACCGAGGUGAACGGGAUCAGCAUCACGACCCUGAUAUCCACCCACACCAAGGAGCAGCUGGUUGCAGAAGCCACGGCAGUCCUGGCGGAAAUGGGCGAUGCAUUCGUCUGUGACGAAGAGGAGGAUGAGGACGACGAGGAUGGUGAUGAG